AUGGAUCCAAAAUUGGAACAUUGCGAAGUUUGUUCCGUAGAUUUUGCUACAUCAAACUGGAAGAAGAAAUGUGAAUUCUGUGGCAAACAAUGUUGCAAAAAAUGUAUAAUCGGUAGGAAUAGCAUUUGUGAAGAUUGCCUAUUUGCCCAAUCCACUAGACAAGCCUUGUCCUUACAGGAGGAUUUGGACGUAAAGGAUACGAUUAAUUCGUUGUUGAAAGAUGAACUAAAAAAUAAGGUGGGCCAGGUGGAGCGCUUUAGGCAAUUUCUACUCGAAUUUGAUAGUCUAUUUGUCAAGGAUGUUAUAGGGGAUAGAACACAUUUGUUGAUGAAGAUAGAUUUUACCAACCUCGAAAAUGAUAUGGAUCAGGUAAUCGAAAAGUCGGUGAACAAUAUUAGAAUAGUGGCAAAUGAGUUGAAAUCACUUUACGAUGCAAGAGAAUCAACGGUAUCGUUAAUAUCGCAGUUAAAUGAAAAGAUUCUGGAGCUUGAGUCGCAAAAUUUAGAAUUAAAAAACAAGAUAUCAAAUAUAGGUGAUAGCAGUCAAAGCUUUGAAAUAGCUGACGAUUUUGAAGUAGGGAUUUUAAGGGAGCAAUUGGAAACCUAUAAAUCAAGAUGUGAUGCUCUAGAAAUGCAAUUGCUUUCUAGUAAAAGAUUAGAGUCACGAUCCAGUACUGGAAUUUUUUUAACUGCCCAUAAUUCUCAUCAGAGGAAUGCGAGGUGGUGGUGUUGUUUCAAGUGCCCCUUAUUCUCUUAA